GGUACAAGCCGUCUGGGCAGUGCUUGAGCGAUAGAACCUGGGAUCCAGCCCUUGACAGACCUCUGAACUGACUCUCCAGCGGCCUUCUCUACAUCAAUUGCUUCUACUGCUGCCUCCGUUACGUUCAGUGGCAAGUCUCUGCAAGGUGGGGUCCCCAUCGCAGGCAGAAGGUUCUGGUACACCCCACUGACCGGAACCCUACGGGUGGUGCUGCUGCGUGUGGUCUAAGGAUGAAAGGGGAGACUCCUGUGAACAGCACUAUGAGUAUUGGGCAGGCCCGCAAGAUGGUGGAACAGCUAAAGAUUGAAGCCAGUUUGUGCCGGAUAAAGGUGUCCAAGGCAGCAGCAGACCUGAUGACUUACUGUGAUGCUCAUGCCUGUGAGGAUCCGCUCAUCACCCCUGUGCCCACUUCGGAGAACCCCUUCCGGGAGAAGAAGUUCUUCUGUGCUCUUCUCUGAGUUGCCCUGCCCCUCCUCCGAACUCCUCACCUUUCCUCUCCUGGGCCCUUCCUUAGAUCAGUAAUUGUCAUGAACCCCGAGGGCCCCCAGCAUCCCAUGCCUAGCCCUUGGCCACCCCUGAGGGGUUAUCUGAAGCACAAGGCCCGCCCUCACCUAUCUGUCGACCCCAUUUCUUCGUCCACUGUGGCCGGGCCCCAAGCACCCCGUGAUUAGGGCACCAUUUGCUCCGCCCACAUGAGGGCCGUCAGACUGCCAGCGUUCUGCCCACUUCCCUCUGUGACCCGCUCAGACAAUGGGGAGAGAGCUGGGCGGGGUGCUUGCUCCACGUCUCACCUGAGCUACUGGAAGGGGGAAGCCAUUUGAAGAAUAAAGUCAUCCAGAGUCAGAGGACA